UUUUUCAAAACACAUUAGGAGCACAACUAGCUUCUAAAAAGUGGAUUUUCUUAAUUAUUGAAGAGGAAAAACCUGGUUGACCAAUCAACAGUACAAAGUACUGAACCCAAAAACUGCGAAGAUGCUUCAGAAAUUUUGCCGAUGAUAUGGGAGUUGAAAAUUAUAUCUGAAAUAUGUAUGAAGUUUGAUGGACAUUAUUCACUGGAUAACUAUUAUGUAUACAGAUGAUUCUCAAAUCCUGCGUAAAAGAAUUUGUUGUCAUGGCAAUCGGCUAUAAAGACCGAAUAUUCCUGGUUCCGUGGAGGAUAUAGUAAAUAUUAUCCAGCGUAGUUGCACAAUUUAUUCACUAAUUAAAUCAACACAAGAGUGGUGCAAAGGCUCAUGAUUGGAAAAAAAGAACUUGUUCUUUAAGCAAUAUAAAAUUAUACUCUGUAGAUAUGGCAUUGCCGAGUAAAGCUCAGAUUUAUACUGAUGUUAAUUCUCACAAACCUAAGGAGUAUUGGGACUAUGAGUCGUAUGUUGUUGAUUGGGGAAAUCAAGAUGAUUAUCAGUUAGUUAGGAAACUUGGACGAGGUAAAUACAGUGAAGUUUUUGAAGCAAUCAAUAUUACCAAUAAUGAAAAGUGUGUUGUAAAGAUGUUAAAACCCGUCAAGAAAAAGAAGAUUAAACGAGAAAUAAAGAUUCUAGAAAAUUUAAGGGGUGGUAAGAAUAUUAUAACUUUGUUAGGAGUUGUAAAAGACCCGGUCUCCCGUACUCCAGCUCUUAUUUUUGAAUAUGUUAAUAAUACAGAUUUUAAACAAUUAUAUCAGACUCUUACAGAUUAUGACAUAAGAUAUUAUUUAUACGAGCUUCUGAAGGCAUUGGAUUACUGUCACAGUAUGGGCAUUAUGCACAGAGAUGUUAAACCUCAUAAUGUUAUGAUUGAUCAUGACAAUAUGAAACUGCGACUGAUUGAUUGGGGUCUGGCAGAGUUUUACCACCCUGGACAAGAAUAUAAUGUGAGAGUUGCUUCACGAUACUUUAAAGGUCCAGAGCUUCUUGUAGAUUAUCAAAUGUAUGACUAUUCUCUUGACAUGUGGUCACUUGGCUGUAUGCUUGCAAGUAUGAUUUUCCGGAAGGAACCUUUCUUUCAUGGUCAUGACAAUUACGAUCAGCUUGUAAGAAUUGCCAAAGUGCUUGGGACUGAAGAACUUUUUGAAUAUUUGGAUAAGUAUCACAUUGAAUUGGACCCAAGAUUUUCAGAUAUACUAGGAAGGCACUCCCGUAAACGAUGGGAGCGUUUCGUACAUAGUGAAAAUCAGCAUCUUGUUUCACCUGAGGCAUUGGACUUCUUGGAUAAAUUACUCCGUUACGAUCACAGUGCUAGGCUUACAGCUCGUGCAGCUAUGGAGCAUCCUUACUUCUUCCCAGUUCUUAAAGGUCAUGGAGUGAAUACUUCCCCACCAACAUCUAAUUCUGUCACCAUGCCUGUUGGUACUGUUUCCUCUCUGGCAUGAAAUUUUUCUAUUACCAGUCCUAAAAUUUUAUUUAGAAUGCUACCUAUCGUCGGAAGUCAUCUAUACCCAACAGCAUUCAUAUUUGUUUAAUACAUCGAAUAUCAUUAAGCAGUAUGAAUUUUUUUUGGCCAUUAUCUAUUCUGCCCUUAUUUCACUUAAAUGUAUAGUAAAACAAAAUUUAUUUAUAUUGCCGUAGAAAGAAGUUAAUUUAGCUAUUGAUUUAUAGUUAUGAUUUGAAAUAGUAAUGUAUUCUGUCAGUCCAUGUUUAAAUUCCUCCUUUUCCUAAACAGAUGUAAAUAUUUUUUUACACUGUAAGUAUUGUUAAAUGUUUAGUCGUUUUAUACAGUCCAUGCAGAGGAACAAUAAGUUAUAUUACAGAAGUUAGACUAUGUUAUCUUCUAUUAUUCUGAAAUAUAUUACCUCAUUUUUUACAUUCUUCGUCAUCCUAUCUCCCAUAGAUGAUUGGAGAAGAAAAUUUAGAUAUUUAUUCCAGUAUAACAAGUUACUAACAGUUCUUUUCUGUGAACAGUUUGAGUAUACUUGCUGUGUACUAUCAGUAGAUAAAUUGUAUAAAGGAAGAAAUAUAAACAAGUGAAACAAAUGUAGAAAUCAUAAUUUGAUUACUGUUUACAGAAAUGAAAUGUUGGGAUUAUGUUUGUUUAAAUUUUUUUUUAAUUAUAUAUAAUUGAUUGAUUGAUAAUAAUGUUAUCACUCU